CGUCCGGUGAGGCAAGGAGUUCCAACGCCGACGUUUCAGCUGACAAACGCUCUGUUUUACUGAUUCUGAUCUCUCCGUCUCCUGCUACAAGAACAUAAGAGUCGCUCGGCUCAAUCACUAGAAGCACAAAAAGUUUCUAGGAGGAAAGGAAAGGUAAUCCAGAGAGGGAAAAAGAUGUUUGGAAAGAGAUUAUAUACUCCAACUAUUUGAAGGAUUUCACGCGACUAGCUCAUUAAAUCAUGUGUUUUCUGGCAAAAGAUGGUCGAGAAAGUUUUGUCUUCCCAAAUCCCCUUACUGUUUGAUCAUUUGCCUCAGUGAAGGUGACAUUGAAAGUGAAGUGGAAGAGAAACAGGGACAUGAGUACAUGACAAAAGAUGCUUAACAGAAUUUCUAGGCGCUGCCUCUGCACUGCUGUCUCACGGCCGUGGCUCUUUGUGGGCUUGGGAAAUCCUGGUGACAAAUUUAAAGGAACUAGACACAAUGUGGGCUUUGAGAUGAUUGAUGCAUUUGCUCAGUCACAAGGGAUACCUAUGGACAGUGUCCACUGCAAGGCAAUAUUUGGACAAGGUUUUGUUGGGGAUGCCCCUGUUCUCCUUGCAAAGCCUCAAACAUAUAUGAAUUUGAGUGGUGAAUCUAUUGGACCACUAGCAGCUUAUUAUAAGUUGCCUCUUAAUCGUGUAAUCGUGUUUCAUGAUGACAUGGACUUGCCGUGUGGAGUUCUUCGCCUUCAAGAUAAAGUACGUCGUGGAAGGCAUAAUGGGCUGGGGAGUGUUGUCUCUCAUUUUCGAGGGAACAGGGUGUUUGCAACCCUAAGAAUCGGAAUUGGGAUGCCCCCUGGUCAAAUGGAUCCCAAAGCAUUCUUGCUGCAGAAGUUCAACGCAACGGCACGAGAGAGAAUUGAUGCUGCUUUACCUGAAGGAAUUGAUGCAUUGAAGCUCCUUCUAUCAAAAGGCCUGACAGAGAGUGCGAGAUGCUUCAAUAAGGAGCAAAAAUACAAGCACAUAAAAUUGCAAACCUUGCCAGCUUGACAAAAUAACGCAUGGUUGAAAAGCAACUAAAGAAGCGUAUGAUAAGUUUCAGGGUUUUAUAAACCUUUCCCUUGGUAGAAUUUUGCUAUUAGAAGGAUUGCAUAUUUUGAACUCUUGAUGAUUUGGCAAGACACAGAAUUUUAGUGUUCAUAUCGAGUGGACCGGUGAUUAUGUAUUUUAAAGCCAUGAAUGGCGUUGUGUUUUUGUCUUCAACUCUUCAUGGGUAUAUGAUAUAAGAAAACAUUUUCCUUCA